GCUAAAAAAUUGUUUCGAGACUUACUUUCUGGAUUCCCUGUACUCCAACCGGCAGCAACUCCCGUUUGACCUAUCAGCCUGUUUCCGAGGGUGGUUGAUCCGUUUAAGGCUACUGUUCCCAAUUUAAUAUGUGCCCGUGUCCCUGUACCGGAGGGAGUCUACCAUCUCAGAGCAAUGACUCCCCAUCUUGUCCAGCUCCAGUUCCAGGUGGUGGGAUAGGCGGCGGUGCUGGGAACGGUGCUGGUCCUAAAUCUGGUUCUGAGAAACGUGGUACUUGUGGUCCCAAGCCUUGCGGUGGGACAAAGUGCAAUAAAUGCGGUAAGGGGGGCCCUGGAGGAAAGGGUGGCCCCGGAGGAAAAGAUGGGUCAAAAGGCAAAGAUGGACCCGGAGGCAAAGGUGGGCCCGGAGGCAAAGGUGGACCCGGAGGCAACGGUGGACCCGGAGGACCUUUGGGCUUAAAAGCGCCACCAAACAAUAGAGGUCCAAUGGCAUUGGGACUAGGUGCUCUGCUUUUUGCCUUCGGUGUCUACCUUACAAUAAAAAUGGGAAUCGUGGCCAGUGAAAUUGGAUGAACCUACAAAGGACAGGAUUGAACCAGGGUAAGAUCCCCAAGGCGGAGUUAAGAUGAUUCAACAGCGUUGCUUUGAUUGCGGGAGGGUAUAUUAAAUUCAAAAUUGCGUAUUUAAUAUA